GACUCUCCCUAUUUCGCCUUGUUCUUUUGACGGAUUUUCACUUGCAUUUUGCGCCUGUUUGUUUUUUGUUUUUUGUUUUUUAUGUAAUUACAGUUUGGUGCUCGUUUUGUUGCUCUUCAACUGCUUCCACCUCCGCAAAGUGUUUUUUUUUGUUAGUGUCAGUGGUUGUUACAUGUGAAAACUCGUGCGCGCUGUUACCACCAUCGCUAUUUCACAUCACCCUCGGUUGUUUUUGUUUUCUUUUAGCCUUUUCUAAAUGGCUUGGUGAUUUCAACCGCAGCCUCUCCCCUCGAAGAUUUUUGGAAAAAAAUUAAGAGAAAUCAUCUCAAUUUUCUUGUUGCGUUGAAAUCAGGAAUUGUGCGGCCAUGUCCGAAUACGAGCGCAUCCGGCGCCAGUGCGUUAAACGCGGCGAGCUUUGGGAAGACGCGGACUUCCCUACAACACAGACGUCCAUCUUUUACCACCAAUCGCCACCGUUUCAGUUCGUCUGGAAAAGGCCCAAGGAAUUGGCGACCAAUCCGGUGUUUAUACGAGAAGGUAGCUCGGUGCUGGACGUUGUGCCGGGCAAAUUAGGCGAUCGUUGGCUCGUCUCUACGCUGGGCUGCCUCUUUUUGACUAAAGGAUUUUUCUACCGGGUCGUUCCAGCCGACCAGGGUUUCGACACGGCUCUGGAUGGAAGUAAUCCUUCAACAGGUUAUUGCGGAGCGUUCCGGUUUCGAGUCUGGUGGUGCGGCGAAUGGGUCGAAGUGACUGUGGACGAUCGUUUGCCAACAGUCAAUGGCCGGCUGGUUUUCGCGCAUUGCCUCAAUUCCGGUCAGUUUUGGCCUUGUCUUUUGGAGAAAGCCUACGCCAAGUUGCACGGCUCGUACGAAGCAUUGAAAUACGGCACCACAUUGGACGGUCUGGCGGAUCUUACCGGCGGAGUAACGGAAAGUCUUUCGGUGGUCGGCGGUCACAACAAAGCGGACGGCUCGUUCCACGUCCGGCUGCUGGCCCGCCUUUUGGCCAACACUUCCAUUCUGACGGCCGUCGCCCAUCGCCCUCCAACGAGCACGACCAGCAGCAGCAGCAGCAGCAGCAACAACUCGCCCCACAGUUUGACGUCGCCGCAGCCCAACAACAAAGAGAACAACAACAACAACAACAACAACAGCAUCUCGUCCAACAACAGCAGCACGACCACCAACGGCCAGACGACUAAAGAACAAUCGCAAUCAUCUCGAAGCGUCACCGAUCGGCUGCCCAUCGGCGUCCUAGUCGGCAUCAAUUACAAAAUUUGCGCCGUCGACAAGGUGGACACGCUGUCGGAGGAGAGCGUGCCGCUUCUUCGUUUACGUUGCCCGUACGGCCGUCACGGCGAGAGCACGGGCGACUGGUGCCGCGGUGACGCUAAAAACUGGGACGCGUCCGUGUCGGCGUCCGAACGAGAGCGACUCGCCUCGGACCAGCUGGCCGAUGGUGAAUUCUAUCUCAGUUUCCCCGAUUUCGUCCAGACGUUCACCGCCAUCGAGUGCGUCCAUCUCGACGCGGAAACCAGUCGCGACGAGCCAACUCUCCAAGGCAGAGUUCCGUGGAUCACUCGCGUCUAUCAAGGAUGUUGGCAAAGAGGAGUCACUGCUGGCGGAUGUCGCAACAAUUCCGAAACAUUCCACAUUAAUCCGCAAUUGCAUCUGAUUGUGAGCGAUGGCGACGAGGUCGUCAUUUCCCUGAACCAGCACAGUGUUUUGGAGCCCAAAGUCAUCGGCUUCUCCGUCUAUCCACUGCCGAAACUCACCGGUUCAGACCUCAUCAAUCGAGCUUUCUUCAAAAAGACCAAGAGUCUCGUCAAUUCGCAGUACACCAACAGUCGGCAGGUGAGUCAGCGCUCUCAAAUGGAUCAAGGUGGUUAUCUGAUCGUUCCGACAACUUUCGAAGCGGGUCACGAAGGAUCUUUUACUCUGCGCGUGUACAGCACUCAGGCGAUUAAGCUCAAGCUGGUGGAUAUGUUGCCUUGUCAAAUGAAAUCGACUUUGAUUCGAGCGCCUCCCAUCAUUAAUGGAUACAACGCUCAAACGUCUGACGGCAAAAACGUUGCCCAAUACGAGGCCGUCUUCCUGCAAUUGGCCGACGAGCAUCGCACCGUUAACGCAUUCGAGUUGCACGAAUUGCUCGAGGCUUGCCUACCGAAUGAUUAUAUCAAGAGCUGCGCAAAUUUGGACGUCUGCCGGCAACUCGUCCUUGUCUUUGACGUAUCGGGACUAGGCAGAUUGAAAUUGACGGAUUUCCGUGAUUUUAUGGCCAGUCUGAAACAAUGGCAAACAGCUUUCAAGUCACACACGAAAGAAAAGACUGGUAUUUUGAGGGCUGAACGUUUCCGGGACGCCCUUCAUGACGUCGGAUUCCAGGUGAGCAAUGAUGUUCUUUCGGCACUCAUUUUACGUCACAUGCGGAAGGAUGGCACGCUGCGUUUCGGAGAUUUCGUCUCGGCUGUCCUUCACCUCACCGUAGCAUUUGGAACAUUUGACAAGAGAGACCCUCUCCAGAAUGGAAGUGUCAAGCUAACACUCGCGGAGUGGCUUAAAUAUGCACUGACCUGCUGAGCUGUGAUUUUUCCGCCUUUUGUCUUCUCCAAAUGUUAUGCUCGCAUCAUUUGCUAAAGUUGCUCAUUAUUACGUACACCAAUAGAAGUAAGCAAAUUUCCGUUUUGUAUAUACGCCUCAAAGAAUGCUUGGCAAUAAACAAACCACCUUUUUUGUUUGGGAGCAAAA